AUGUGGUUGGGUUGGUCGAUUGGCUUUUCCGUCUUAUCGACCGUAAAUCUGGUGGUGUUUCUGGCCAUUUUGCUCCACAAAAAGACUCGACGGAACGCCUUUAACCAAUACCUCAUGGCCUUGAUGAUUCCAGACAUUAUCAUGACCAAUUUCUGCGCGUGGCAAUGCACCGCCUUGAGCCAUUACCAGGGAUACCGAUAUACAUCCAUGUGCCUGUUUCAGAGCUUUUAUAUCAUUUGGUCUGUGGGAGCCAACUUGUGGGUGAAUGCCGUGAUUGCUUUGGAAGUGCACAAUCUGUUGGUGGCAUCUCAGAGACGACAACGAUAUUACCCUCCCGCGAGAAAGCGGAUUGUCUGGUUAUCCUUGGCAUGCUACAUCUGGGCGGCGUUUCUAGCUUCCUGGGCAUUGUACGGCAUUGAGUGGUUCCCCACCGACUCGCUCCGGGGAUUGGUCUGUCUCCCUCUGGAAGCCAAUAUCACAAGCACCAUUGUCUGGUGGACCAUCUUCUUUAUACCCAUUGGAGUCAUCCCUCUCACGUAUGUCUCCUAUGUGGCGUUUUGCGUCUUUCGACGGAACCUCCUCCCGCCCAGGGGCAAAAAGAGAGAGAUUGCAGUCUUCUUUUUUCGAAUCUACAUUUCCUUUUGUCUCCUGUGGUUCCCAGCCGUAUUUGGGCUAUUUGCGGCAGGCUCCGAAAGCCUUUGGGGUGUGUAUUUCUUUGGCUCUUUGAGCCAUGCUUCCGGCUUUGUCUCGGCCAUGGUGAGCUUGCUCAAACGGGAUAUUUGGAUCGCCACUUGUGACUUGGUGAAAUGUCGAAUUUGUCAAGCCAAUCGAGAAUUUGAUUUCGAACAGAACCGGAGCAGCAACAAUCAACGACCUCCGUCUUCUUCAAGAGCUUCCACAAAUAGUUUCAACAAUACGCUAAAGCGAACUCCUUCCUUUUGGGGAAGGUCCUGGUUUGCCCAUGGCAAUGAGCAACUAAGCCAGCGAGUCUCAACAACGGGAGAAGAUGUACAACCCUUCCGAGCUUCCACACCAGAAGCGCAGGUAUUGGCAACGCCCACAAAUCCAGAGACUGUUCUUGGCAACCAGAAUGUGGAGGCUCCCAGCAGCGACAAUGGCGACAAUGAUACGGAACACAAUAACGACGUCGAAACGGAGAACGACUGCAGGUUGUCUCCCGGCAUCUCUCGGAUGGAUCAAACUGAACAACACAGACCAAUGGCAGCACUCAAUCUGGUAUCAUCAGUGGCCUUGCAAGAAGACGAAGUUGACAGUGAUGAUGACGAAGAGUUUGCCAAUAAUCGAUGA